UACUGUACACCACCAUGAUGUCUGGCAUGUGGCUAAAGGUUUGCGAAAGAAGAUGGAGGCCUUGGCAAAAGAGAAAGACUGCAGCAUAGUUGGCAGAUGGGUCCGCAGUAUCUGCAAUCACCUCUAUGGGGCCGCAGCAUCCACUCCUGAUGGGAACGGAGACGUCAUCAGAGACAAAUGGUUAUCUGUAGUAAACCACAUGCAGAAUAUUCAUCACGGCCAUGGGAAACACUUCCCCAACUGUCUACAUCCAGAUCUAGGCCAAGAUGACCAGAAGAGAAAAUGGUUGAAGUCAGGAUCCAAGGCCUGUGAAAAGCUCAGUCAACUCCUUGAGCAGCCUCGUCUUUUGCGCGAUGUACAGAAACUCUCCCCAGGCUACCAGACAUCCAAAAUCGAAGCCUAUCACAGUAUGGCCAAUCAUUUUGCACCGAAGAUGAUUGGCUUCUCUAAUCUUGGCAUGCAGUCCAGAUUGUAUCUUGGCUCCAUGGACUUCAAUGAGAAUGGGUCCAGGCAACAAGCAUUUAGCAAAGCCGGAAAACCACAGGUAUCGGUGUCCUAUUCCAAGUACAAGAAGAGACAGUCAGUGAUCCAUCUUGUCAAGACAGCGAGGACCUAUGAUUAUGUGGAUCGCCUUUUAUCAAGAACCUGCCAGGAGGUUGGCAACGACCAAAAGAACUGCUGCACACAGAACCUAAUUCCAGCACCCCUCACACACACAUUCAAGAGAUUAACUAAGGAAGAUGCCAUUGCCAGACACAAGACACGUUUCAGCAGAUAGACUCUCAUGCCAUAAAUGAAACAAAGUGACAGACAUUGAAAAAUAGACAUUCUUUUAUUUUGUCAAUAUGCAUGAUAUAGUACAGUGUUACUAUCCUAAAGUUAUUUAUACAUUAAUGUUUGCAAUAUGUAUGUCUAGCAUAAUUUGUAUAUAUAUGUACAUUAUGUAUUUAUGACGUUUGAUGGUGAUGUAACCCCCAAAGAAACUGAAUAAAAAGAACCCUGAUACAGUACAAUAACAUAAUACUCCACAUACACUAUAAAAUUAUUAAACUUGGUAAAAAUAAAUU